GUCUCAUCCUUCUCGCUCCAUCCCCGCCGCAUACACCGCCAUCCGAGUUCCUCAGACAGCCGGAGGUGGUGCACAGGGCCACAGGGCGCACCCUCAAGCGGUCCCCAGCUCGGCUUUGAGGGGCACGAGCGACAGCAUGGACACCAAGCGAUGCUUUGCAAACCGCUUCGAUGACUACCAGGGCAGCCUGCUGGCGGGCCAGUGCGAGGAGGCGGUGGCGCCCUUGGUCACCGCCACCAUCGAGCGCAUCCUCCAGGAGCUGCCUCCGCUUGGGGGCGGCGCUGAGGCCCGGGGUGCCACGGCCACAGCCAGCGGCUGCCAGGGGGGGCUGUACAGCGGCGUGGCCGGGGUGGCCUACAUGCUCUACCACGUCUCCCAGAGUCCGCUCUUCGCCGCGGCCCGGGAGCGCUACCUGCGCUCGGCCAAGCGCCUCAUAGACGCGUGCGCCCGCGCCGAAGAGUGGGGUGAGCCGGACGCCGACACCCGCGCUGCCUUCCUGCUCGGGGGCGCGGGCGUGUACGCCGUGGCCACGCUCGUAUAUCACGCCCUGGGCCGGUCCGACUACGUGCAGCCGCUGGGCAAGUUCCGGGCUCUGUGCGCCGUCUGCGCGCCGGUUUCCUUCCUGGAGUGCGGCUCGGACGAGCUGUUCGUGGGCCGCGCGGGCUACCUGUGUGCCGCGCUGGUGCUCAAGCAGAAGCUCGCCCAGGAGGUACUGACUCCAGCACAGAUCAAAUCAAUUUGCCAGGCAAUUCUGGACUCUGGGAAGCAGUAUGCCAUGAAAAAGAGAAAACCGAUUCCCCUGAUGUAUUCUUACUAUGGAACUGAGUACUUGGGGGCAGCUCAUGGCCUGUCAUCCAUUCUCCAGAUGCUUCUGUCUUACCAUGAGCACCUCAAGCCCUCAGAUCGUGAGCUGGUAUGGCAGAGUGUAGACUUCCUUAUGGAACAGGAACAGAACUGCAACUGGCCCCCUGAGCUUGGCGAGACGAUCGAGAGGGAGAAUGAGCUGGUACACUGGUGCCACGGUGCUCCAGGAAUUGCCUAUCUGUUUGCCAAAGCUUAUCUGGUUUCCAAGAAGCCACAGUACCUGGACACAUGUAUUCGGUGUGGGGAGCUCACGUGGAAGAAGGGCCUGCUAAAGAAGGGGCCAGGGAUUUGCCAUGGCGUAGCUGGCAGUGCCUAUGUCUUCUUGCUGCUGUACCGGCUCACAGGAAACUCGAAAUACAUCUAUCGAGCCCAAAGGUUUGCUCAGUUCUUAUUUACUGAGGAAUUCAAGGCCGGUUCUCGGGUCCUUGAAAGCAUCUACAGCUUGUAUGAAGGCUUCUCCGGGACCGUGUGCUUUCUCAUCGAUCUGCUGCAGCCCAAUCAGGCUGAAUUCCCUCUCUUCAGCGUCUUUGUUUAGAAGGGUCCAUCUUCCACUGUGGGCUUGCUGAGGUCCCCUGAGAUUUCCUGAGCCUACCCAAGGCAGUUUCCACAUAAGCCACAUUUAAUGGUAUCACAACCAUGAGCCUUAACAUUGCCACCAGAAGGAGGGGAGAAGGCAGGUGAAGGCAGUGAUACCAAACUCAAGAGACAAUCUGCAAAACGAAGAUGCUGCUGCACAUCUAAAACCAUAGAGAUUUAGUAUUUCAGGGAAUAGAUGUGAAACCAGGGAUCAAAGGAAAACAGGAAAGAGAAAUAUCUAUUUUCAGUUAUGAUAUAGAAAAUAAAACUGAAAUGUGGAGUAGGGCAAUAAAAUGCUAAUACCUUCACAUUUGGAAAGUAUUUGACCAUUGUGGGUACCCUCCACCCCUAAAUUCAGGGAAAAAAAAGACAAUUAAAAACUAAAGUCAUUGCCCAGUUGAAAGCUGCAAGUAGGGAUGAAGUGUCAGGUUGUUGAAGGACAUAAAAGAAAACUCUUAGUUGUCCUAUGCCUUUACUUACUGAAAUUCAUGAUGUUUACUGAAUGAAGAUAUUUGCAUAUCAGUCUCUUUUUUUAAUCAUUACCCUGGGCUCUUUAAAGAAAUCAUGUCAUAACUUAUACAUUGAAAUUCAAAAGUUUCCUUAGGCCUCAGAACAUCUCUUCCUGGUUCCUUUUCCUUUCCUAAUGCUCAAUUAGAACAGCAAAACUCAUAUGCUAGCAAAUACUGUCACAAGUUUUGCUGUCCAGUGUUUUUCUCAGUUUGAAGUGUGAGCUGUGUAUCGUCUGUUGUUAGUAAUUUAUUUUUAAAAAUGCAUUUAUAUACAUAAUCAGUAUGAAGCUAUUAGCAGAACUGUAAAAUAUACUAUUGGUAAAAAUCACUCAUCUCAGACAUCAGGGUAACCACUACAAAGAUGUGUCAUUUCUGUCUUUGAUGGAAUACUGUGUCCCCUAGGACAGGCAGAAACAGGCUGGGAGAAGCACCACUGUUUGUGGAAAGAACAUUGCUCAGUAUUUUAGUAUUAUUAGAUUAAGAGAUGAGGGAACAACCUGGCUAGUCACCGUACCUUCCAAAGUCUGCUAGAAAUUGGCUACAAUACCCAUUGAGUCAAAUUAUCAUAUCAUAUACAGUCCUGCAGUAAACACAUAGAAAUUGUGAAGCUGCUUCAAUUAAAUAGUGAGUUGCAGAACUACUACAGGAGCAUCUGUCACUUAAAUGUGCAGAACGUGAGUCUACCCCUUUCUUAUAAUUUGGUCAUUGUAAAUUUCAUACUGCAUAAGACUUAGUUAUUUAAAUAGUUAUUAAAUAUUUGAAGAUAUAUGUAUAUAUGUGUAUAUAUGCACAUAUGUGUAUACAAGUAUAUUUGUGUACCAUCUGUCCUCAUGUAAACUUCUAGCAAUUGUUGAUAGUUCAGUAGUUCCUAACUUGAAUCAUAGGUAGACUUUUGGAAGUGUUAGGGAAUACUCUGUUGCCUAAAAUAUUUAUGUGUAUGUUGGCGUGUGUGUGUGUGUACACUCAUUUUUUGGUGUAGAGAAUCUCUUGCAUUCAUAAGAUCCUAAAAGAAUCUGACCCCCAAACAGUAAGAACUCUGUGUGUUUUAUGGCUCUGUGUAUGUUUUCACUCAUUAAAACAACUGCAACAUAAUUCUUUUUUUAAACUAUGA